AUCUUUGCUCUUUGAAUUACAGAAUUGGAAGUUCAUCGAAUAUUUAAGUCACACUGCUUUAAUAUCGUAGACCACAGGCAGGAUACUGACUUCAUAUUGAAAAUGACAACAAAAGAAAAACUAGUGUUGCACGGUCACUGUGUUCAACACAAGAAGAAACUGCACGCGCAAUCUCCAUUAUAUCACGAAAUCGCUUGUCAUCGUCCCAUUGAUUUCCGACUCAUCGGCUUGGGAUAUAUUAAAUUUGAUCGAUUGACAUCUCGUCAGUUAUAUUUAGAACAAAUAUUAACAGCAAGUGAAACAACAUUCGAAGAAACGGGACUGUCGUUGGGAAUAAUAGGACUACGCCGGUGCCGUUUUGACACUAUUUUGAUGGAGAUCAAAGGGGUUGCUUCAACCGCAUCUUCUUCUGUUAGCGCAAGGUCAUUUUCCCGAAGCAGCAGUAUGCGUAAAAGCACUUUUAGUACAAGUGGUCACAAUAAAUUGUAUGAUGACAUUGUGUUGCCUGACAAAACAUCGGAGAAAGAAUGGUUACCAGAGAUAUUUCCCACAAAAUCUCCACUCCCUCGGUCAUGUAAUCAUACUCAAAAAUAUAAAUGGCUAGCCCGGCAUGCUCAGCAUAUGAAGAAGCGUACCUGCUCAGCAAAGAAAACUUUAUAGCAGGACUUAUCAUCAUCA